AACCUUGUUUGAUUUUUUUACAGUAAUUGAAACGCCGGUAAAGACCCAAAAUGAGUCUUACAGAUAUAGAUAAAUCCUUGGUAAAAUCUUUCUGGGGUAAAAUUUCCGGAAAGGUUGACGCAAUUGGCCAUGAGGCUCUAGUGAGAAUGCUUCUUGUCUACCCUCAAACCAAAAUCUAUUUUGCUCAUUGGCCAGACCUUUCUCCUGAAUCCGAGGCAGUAAAAAAGCAUGGCAAAACCAUAAUGGCCGCACUGAACGAUGCUGUGCAUAAAAUUGACGAUCUUGUUGGUGGCCUGAGCGCCCUAAGUAAACUGCACGCAUUCAAGUUGCGUGUGGAACCGGGAAAUUUCAAGAUUUUAUCUCACAACGUCCUCGUGGUUCUGGCCAUCAAAUUUCCUGCUGAUUUCACUCCAGAGGUGCACAUUGCUAUGGACAAGUUUCUAGCCGCUGUUUCUGCAGCACUUGCUGAGAAAUACAGAUGAAGACGCAAAGAUCACUGUGUUCAAUUCACCUUGUGAAUACAUUUCAAAUAAAAUAAAUAAAUUCAUUUAUUAAAAAGAAUGUCUAAACAUGCUUGCUCCCGUUUAAGUGACAAUGUAAAUAAUAUAUAUGAUAAAUAUCUAAUAAUAUUAAUAAAUAAAUAUAUUUAUAUAAACAU